CAUGUCGAAAUUUGUGAAUCGGUCGACCCACACCACGGCAGGUCAAACGGGGCGGGCCCGCUGAUAAUGACCAAAUUCCCAGCUCUAGUUCUACAUACCUUAUCUCUCCUGACAUCUUAAGAAAACUAGGGAUUUAUAAACAACACACAUCUACCUUUCUUCUUCUUCUCCGCAAUUCCCAUGGCCUUUCGUAAUGGUUCUCUGAUCCCUGCCCAUGAUCCAUCCACGAGGGAAAAUCAAUCAUCAUCGCCGACCAUACAACGGGGAACCGUGCCUACAAACACGGAAAUCACGAUCGAACAAUCUAACCAUCCUCAAUUUUUGAAAUCGAUCGACGAUUUAACUGCGUUUUCAGCUGCAGUGGACGCCUUCAAACGCCACUACGACGACUUGCAAAGCCACAUGGAUUACAUCAAGAACGCCAUUGACUCCAGUCUCAAGAGCAAAGGCAUCACCGCCGAGUCUCCCUCCUCCCGAUCGCAGUCUCCACGAAACGAUGCUUCCGGAGAAACGGUUGCUGCCACACAAUCGCCGCCAAAGGAGACUUGUGAGACAGUAGCGGAGAAGGUGGAGCGAUUGUGCGAGUUGAUGUGCAGCAAAGGCCUGCGUAGAUACAUGUACUCGAAUAUCUCUGACCGAGCUAAGCUGAUUGAAGAGCUUCCUGCAGCUCUGAAGCUAGCCAAGGAGCCUGCUAACUUCGUGUUGGAAUGCAUUGGCAAGUUUUACUUACAAGGGCGCAAAGCUUAUGCGAGUGAUUCCCAUAUGAUCCCUGCGAGGCAGGUUUCGCUUCUGAUCCUGGAGUCUUAUCUUCUAAUGCUUGAUCCGAAGAAGCCCUUUGAUAGAGUUUCUAUCAAGGAUCAAGCCGAGGCGGCUGCUGUUGCGUGGAAGAAAAGGAUGAUGAGCGAAGGAAGGUUAGCUGCGGCAGAGGCAAUGGACGCUAGGGGUUUGCUUCUGCUAAUUGCUUGUUUUGGGAUUCCUUCCAGCUUUUCGAGUAUGGAUUUGUUUGAUCUGGUACGGAAGAGUGGUGCUGCUGAGAUUGCUGCUGCUCUUAAACGGUCACCUUUCCUUGUCCCUAUGAUGUCAGGUAUAGUUGAUUCAAGUAUCAAGCGUGGAAAGCAUAUUGAAGCUCUUGGUAUGAUUUAUACCUUUGGGAUAGAGGAUAGGUUUUCGGCUUCUUCGCUUCUAACUUCAUUCCUAAGGAUGAGCAAGGAGUCAUUUGAGAGGGCAAAACAGAAAGCUCAAGCACCGAUAGCAUUUAAAGAGGCCAACCAAAAGUUUUUAGCUGCGUUGUUAUCAGUGAUGAAGUGUUUGGAGGCUCACAACUUAGACCCAGAGAGAGAAGUUCAAGGGUGGCAGAUCAAAGAGCAAAUGAUUAAGUUGGAGAAAGACAUUAUUCAACUCGACAAACAGAUGGAAGGGGAAGCAAGAUCCAUCAGUUUAAUGGAGGAAGUGGCAUUGACGAAGAGAUUCUAUAACCAACAGAUGAAACGUCCAAGGUUGUCAGACAUGGAAAUGCCACCAGCAGCUUCCUCAUCUUAUUCUUCUACCUACCCGGACCGAAGCUUCCCUAGUCACAGAGACAAUGAAAUAUCAGCUCUUGUCAGUAGUUACCUCGGCCCAUCAUCAGGUUUUCCUCAUCGUUCAAGUCUCAGGAGAUCCCCUGAAUAUUUAGCUCCAUCUAGUGGGUUAGGAAGAAGUGUACCUGCAUAUGAACAUCUGCCUCCAAAUUCUUACCUUCCCCUUCCAGGACGGCACUCUCCGGUUCAAGGACAGAGACUUCCUGGAGAGUACACCCCUCCAAUUCAUGGGCAACAACAAAUACCAUAUGGUCUACAAAGGGUUUACAGACAUUCACCAUCUGUAGAAAGAUACUUGGCUUUGCCCAAAAUCAGGUCUCCUCGUAACUCAUAAGAAGACCACAUAAGAGGAAUGUAAAAUAUGUAACAAAGGUUUUUGUUUCUCCAGCAACAGUCUUAAAGAAUUAUUUAAAAAUUUAAGGGUUGAUAGCAAAGUUUAUACAGUAAAAUUGACAUUUCAUUCAGAUGCUAAUGUUACGAUUGAUUCUUAGUUAUUUUAGUCAACCACAGAUA